GUGCCAUUGCCUCGCUCCCCUGAUCCUCCUCGCCUGAUUUUGAGAUGCCUGGGGACGGGCUAGAGUUUUUUCCUCCAGUGCUCCUCCGGCGGAAGUAUAAAUAUAGGCGUGGGUCGGGGGGCGGAGAUACCAGAAGCACCUCCAGUCCCCGAUCACACAUUUCUUUUCUCUUUAUUUCUGUUCAGAAUCAGCUGCUACUUUCAGGUACUACCCGCAUCAUCAAACAGUCAUGUCCGAUUUCAAGACCGCCACCAACCUUACCGGCCCCGCCGCCGGCACUGUCGACGACUCUGGAUCGUUCAGCGUCAAGACCGGUCUGGCCCAGAUGCUCAAGGGCGGAGUGAUCAUGGACGUUGUCAACGCCGAGCAGGCCCGCAUUGCUGAGGAGGCCGGUGCCUGUGCCGUGAUGGCGCUGGAGCGCGUGCCCGCCGACAUCCGCAAGGACGGCGGCGUCGCGCGCAUGUCGGACCCGCAGAUGAUCAAGGAGAUCAUCGACGCGGUCACGAUCCCGGUCAUGGCCAAGGUGCGCAUCGGCCAUUUUGUUGAGGCUCAGAUCAUCGAGGCUGUUGGCGUCGACUACAUCGACGAGAGCGAGGUGCUGACGCCUGCCGACGACACCUACCACAUCGACAAGCACGACUUCAAGGUGCCGUUCGUCUGCGGCUGCCGCAACCUGGGCGAGGCCCUGCGCCGCAUCUCCGAGGGUGCCGCCAUGAUCCGCACCAAGGGCGAGGCUGGCACCGGCGACGUCGUCCAGGCUGUCAAGCACAUGCGCACGGUCACCAAGCAGAUCAGGCACGCGCAGUCGCUGUCCAAGAUGGAGCUGUACAACUACGCCAAGGAGCUCGGUGUCUCGCACGAGCUGCUCAAGGAGACUGCCCGCCUUGGCCGUCUGCCCGUGGUCAACUUUGCCGCCGGUGGUGUUGCUACCCCCGCCGAUGCUGCCCUGAUGAUGCAGCUGGGCUGCGACGGUGUCUUUGUCGGCUCCGGCAUCUUCAAGAGCGGCAACCCGGCCAAGCGCGCCCGCGCUAUCGUCAAGGCCGUCACCCACUUCAAUGACGCCAAGGUCCUGGCGGAGAUCUCCGAGGACCUCGGCGAGGCCAUGGUGGGCAUCAACUGCGACUCGCUGGCCGAUAACGAGCGCCUCGAGAAGCGUGGCUGGUAGAGUGAUUUUAUACUUGCAAGGU